AUGGACCUCAAAAUGGACCUCAAAAUGGCGCCCGCUCUGCUGCUCGUGGGGCUGCUGGGACUGUCCACUGCUCACGACGGACACGGGGAGAGGGAGAGGGAGGAGGGGGAGGAGGAGAACAUUACCACAACCAUACUCCGGAUGAAUAAUGGUUCUUCUGAUUUCUUGGAGGGAGACGUGGUUCUGCCUCGAAGCCGCUCCGCCAUAAAAUGCGCCGCUCGCUCCCACAGCUGCCUCUGGCCCAAAUCCUCCAAUGGGAACGUGGAGAUCCCUUAUGUUCUGAGCGACAAAUACGACGCCACGGAGCGCGCCGAGAUUUUGAGAGCUCUGAAAGACUUUGAAACCAAAACCUGCGUCCGAUUCAACCCGCGUCAGAGACAAACGGCGUAUUUGAGUUUUGAGCCCAGCUACGGCUGUGCGUCUCUUUUGGGUCACACCGGGGACAAACAGGUGGUGUCGCUGCAGAAGUUCGGAUGCGUGUCGUUCGGGAUCAUUCAGCACGAGGUGAUGCACGCGCUCGGCUUCCAUCACGAGCACAACCGCAGCGACCGCGACCAACACGUCCGAAUCAACUGGGACAACAUCAUAGAGUAUUUCACCCACGACUUUGAUAAAAGCGACACGGACAACCUGAACACGCCGUACGACUACUCGUCCAUCAUGCACUACGCCAAAGACGCCUUUGGGAAGAACUGGGCCGACACCAUCGUUCCGAUCCCAGAUCCCAGCGUCCCGAUCGGGCUGAGGGAGCGAAUGUCCGACCUGGACGUGCUCAGGAUCAACCGACUCUACAAAUGUUGGGGAUUUUAA